AUGUGGAUGACAAAAGGGCCUGAACUUGUCUAAUUUCAUAAACACAACUGUUCUAUAUUAGUAACAUAUAAAGUUGAAAUCUUUCAUUUUUCCUGUAUGCAUCAGGAAGGCUCAUGAAUUGGGUCUAGUUAUUUAAGGAUUUAAAAAGAGUUAAAAAAAUCAUGUUCUAAAAUAUUAAAUCUAACCACGAUUGGGUAGAAGAUGAUGAGCUUCCAGGAGCUGAAGUACUACGAGUGAAUAGAUGUUAUUCUAGUUGCCAUAAAAUGUUUAUCCGAUUGGUAUGUAUUUUUCUGGUAGCAGGAAUAGUAACAACAACUGCUUUCAUCCAAAACUACACAGUGUCUAGAAAAUAUGGUCCCUUAUCUAAAAUUAUUAUAAAUGAAGAAAGAAGAAGUUUAUACAUAGGAGGAAAAAACGUUCUUUUCCACUUUGAUUUGGACUUAAGACAAAUUAAUAAAGAUAUAAUUGGCCCUGUCAACGAUAGUAAACAAUGUAAACCUUUUGACAACUCUUGUAUCUACAUGAGAUACCGAACAGUCAAUAACCAUGUAAGUAUAUUAAAGUCAUUCAGAAACUCCUUGAUCGUCUGCGGAAUAGCGCGCCAGGGUAUCUGUUAUAUGUACAACGCAUCUGAAAUAAAUCUUAAAAAACAUUUUAAUGAAAAUAAUAGGAGGAAUUAUCUUGGAAGUGAAAAUUCAUCCGUGAUGCUUGUCACAAAGGACAAAGAUGGUACUGAUAUAUUUUUCAUUGGUCAAAGUUUCGACGGCAGAAAAGCAGAUAACUUUUACAAUGAGUUUGCAACACUUGAUACAUCAAAUUACAUGCAUAAUUGGAAUUUUAAUCUAUAUCGCGCUCAUACUCACUUAUCAGUAUGUGAUACCAAACGAAAACACUUUACACUGAAGUUUUUGCAAAUUUUUGAAGCUGAAAAUUACAUUUUUCAUGUUUUCAUUCGAUCAAUAAACGAUUCAAGAAGCAUUUCGUAUGAAACAAGAAUAUCAAAAUUAUGCAAGGAACAAUACAAUUACGGUUCGUAUGAAGAAAUGCCAAUUUACUGUAAAACUCCUUUAAAGUAUGAUAUCGGAAUAGCAGCCCACUACGAAGUCGAGCGACAAAAGCUAUACAUGACGUUUGGUGUGAGAGCAAACAAUGAUGACCACAUUCAAGCCGACAAUACUCAAGGUUCAGUAGUUUGUGUCUACCCAAUUGAUGAAAUGAUCAGGAAGUUUAAAGGUGAAGUGUUGACAAAAUGUUUUAAAGGAACACCAACAUGGGGGACACCAUCUUGGCAAUGUAAUAUUAAAGCUUGCCCUAUGGCCACUGCGAAGGAAAUGAUUUAUUCAUGUAACCAGACGAAGAUGGAAACAGGAAUCGAAGCUCGGGGUGAAGGUUUCAGUAAAACAGCUGUUUAUCAGAUUUCUAAAGAAUUAUUAACCUCUGUUCUGCCUUUGAAGAACAGUUCUGCGGACAUAAUUCUUGCUGGAAGUAAUACAGGAUUUUUAAGAAAGAUACUGGUAACUUCGUCAAAGGGUAGAUCGUACGUCAAAUUUGACGUUAGUGGUGACAGAAAUAUUCCAGUUGCUAAUGAAAUGGUUCUAGAUACACACAGUAAUCUCUACAUUUUGACCGGAAACAAGGUUACAAAAUUGUCAAUGACGUCAUGUAAAUUACACAAAACGUGUGGAGAAUGUGUAACCAGUAAUGAUCCACUUGGAUGUGGAUGGUGUUUCGAUCAUUGUUCCAUACGUACUAAGUGUCAAGAUGAUAUGUGGCAUGAUCAAUCAUGUCCGCCAUUUGUUUGGGGUAUCAGUCCAUCAAAUGGACCGCUUGCAGGGUCAACACAAUUAACUAUUACAGGAGAGAAUUUCGGUUCGAUGAUAAACAACGCUACCGCAUCCAUUGGAAAUGCAUCAUGUUCGAUCCAGGACAUAAAUGAUACAAGAAUAACUUGUCUGACAAGUCGAGAAGGAUUCCCUGUCAAUGCAACUGUUACGAUGAACGUGACUGAUUCGGCCUCCAAAACAUUUAAAAUUCAUGGAAUUUCUGAACAAGUGGACAUAUUAUUUGAAUAUACGCAAUCUUGUAUUAAGAGUAUUUUCCCCACGAAGGGACCAAUAGCAGGCAAUACAUUGCUUACCAUCAAGGGCGAUAAUUUUGAAAUUGGAUCUAACCUUUCUGUGAAGAUUGGUAAGACGCAUUGUGAUAUUCAAACGAAAAAUGACACAGAAAUGUUUUGCCUCACACAAUCUUGUGAAACAUGUGAACAAGCGUUUGAAGGAGGAAAUAUUCAAAUGUCUCAGUGUAGGUUGAGCGGUGAUAUUGUCAUAGCGAUUGAUGGUGCAUCAUAUCAAUCAAAAGAAGACAAGACGUUUUGUUACAUGUCAAACCCGGAGAUUAUUCACAAACCAUCAAGAAAUAGUUCUAUAAUGAGCGGAGGUUUAACCAUUGACAUUUUUGGAAAUUGGUUUAAUUCUGUUACCAACCAUGGUAUACUAUUAAGUGUCGGUGACGUUAAUAUAAGUUCGCCUUGUAGAAUGAAGAAUUCCGGACAACUGUUAGUGUGUUCUACUCCUGAUUUGAAAUCCGUAUUGAACAAAUCUGAAGAUGUUGUCGAAGGCCGCUUGACUGUAAUACUAGACAACAAUCCAGUCAAAUCGUUCUCACUCAUGAUUUAUCCUGACCCAGAAUUAGACUACCUAGAUGUGGACACACGACUUAAAGAUAUUGAAAUGAAGGAAAAAAUGUUAGAACUAAAGGGGCGAUAUCUGAAUUCUGCAGCAAGAAAGGAAGAUUAUAUAAUAAAAAUAAAUGGAUCCCGUUGUCCUGUUAUCGAUCUUCAUCAAACUUAUCUGAUAUGUAACCUUUCUCACACAGUUCAUAUCAAAGAUGUGUCACUACUUGUAGAGGUAUCUGUAGGUCUGAACUGGAAGACGGAGUUGGGGUAUAUGCAGUUUUCCCAUAAAGAAAUUGGUCAGAACCAAAUACAUGUCCACCUUGCUGGGAUUUUUUUGGGCACGUUUGGUGUUUUGAUUUUAUGUCUUAUACUUGUCAUGCGCAAGAAGCACUUAGGAGUGUUUCGAAAGAAGGCUACAGACGAGUUUUCCGUUGUGUAUUUCAAUAGCCCAGAAACUAGAGGCCUCAUGGAUCCGCCUAGUGAUACAGGUAAUUCAUCCGCGGAGCAAAGAACACCUAGAUAUGUCAAACAGAAAGGACAGAUCGGUGAAGAGCUUAUUGUUAAAGGGGCUACAGGGAAUUCUCAACCAAAAUUUGACGCUGUUGGAAUCGUUGACAUGCUGAAGGAGCAGAAUAUCUUUAUUGAACGUGAUUUGGUUAGACUUGGGAAAGAUAUUGGCCAAGGAAAUUUUGGAUGUGUAUACCAGGGUUACCUGCGAUCAAUGGACGAAAAGGACGAACAACUUGUUGCCGUCAAGACAGUUCUUAAAACAGAAGUACAGGACAUAAAUGCAAUCAUUGAUGAAGCUAUGAUCAUGAAAGAUUUCAAUCAUCCAAAUGUGAUGUCACUGAUUGGUAUUUCUAUCGCUCCUGGUGAAUUCCCAUUGGUUAUCAUUCCGUUCAUGUCAAAUGGUGAUCUACUGUCUUAUAUUCGAAGUGCUAACAAUAAGCCAACUAUUAAAAACUUGGUACAGUUUGGACUAGAUGUGUCUAGGGGCAUGGAAUAUCUUGGCAGUAUCAAAUUUGUACACAGAGAUUUAGCAGCCAGAAAUUGCAUGAUGGAUGAAAACUUAAAAGUGAAAGUAGCAGACUUUGGAUUGGCCAGAGAUAUCUAUACCAAAAAUUACUAUAGCAGUGACAAUAAGAAAAUGUUACCAGUAAAAUGGAUGGCACCUGAGAGUUUAGAAAAUGGGACCUAUAGUACAAAAUCAGAUGUUUGGUCUUUCGGUGUAGUUAUGUGGGAAUUAAUAACAAGAGGUGCUGCACCAUAUUGCGAUGUCAACAAUUGGGAUAUGCACAAGUAUUUGUACUCGGGCAGACGCCUUAAACGAACUGAUUUCUGUCCUGUACCAUUAUAUGAUAUAAUGAUGAAGUGUUGGGAAUUUGACCCAGACGACAGACUAACGUUUAAUGAGGUGAAUAAGAGGAUCGCUGGGUUAGUAGAGCAAGAAAAAUAGAAAAGUAAAAGACAACUUUGUUUCGAAAUAUACAAUAACUUUCAUUUCGAUGAUGAACCAAUGAAGACAUUUUAUGAAUUUUUGAGAGAUUUGCCAAAAAAAGGAUUAGUAUUUUGUUAAGAUUUUUUCAGAAAGGUACUUUAUUUCAUGUAUUUUUGUAUUUUAUAUAUGGCAAAAACAUUCAGUCCUUCAAAUUGUCUUUGAAUCAAAACUGGCAGGGAUAAGCUGACAAAAUAUCAUGAGUACCAACUAUCGUUAACUGGAAUCCAUUUGUAUUACGCUAAACUGAAACAUAUUUGAUCAAAGUGUAGAAGUCAGCAUAGAACUAGCUUGCAUCUUUCGUAUGUGGGAUAUACUAAAAUUAGGGAUGUCAUUAGGGAUACAAUGCUUCGAUGUAAUUCCUUAAAUAAAAUAACGGACGACAUGUUCGCCGAAUGCAGGGAAACUGCAAUAUACAUAGCUGUAUAUAUUUAUACAUAAAUGUUAUGUAUCGAAUGGAAAGCAAUUUUUUAAAAUGUUUUAAUUUUAACAUGUUUAUUUUUAUCGUGGUUUCGCUUGCUGUUUGAUAUUUGUGUUUUUUUGACUCCACAAACAGGAUCCUUUGAACAAUGCAAUGCCAUGCUUCAAGAAAGUGUCGCUCUCUAAGUCUCCUCAAUUGUAAAAAAAACAUCAUGUAACAAGAACUAUAUAUAAUUUACUAUAUUUUUGGUCACAUGACACAAAUAAUAUAGCUAUUCAAAAAUAUUUUUUUUUAAACCUAUAAGAAUGAAAUACUAUUAUUUCUCCAUUCAUAUUUGUUUUUAAAACUAGCCAAAAAAUGGAUACUUCUCAUCACAAAUAGUAAGAAUCUAGAAUCCACUACAUUUUGAUCGUUCAGCUAUGAAAUACAUAAACCGAUAUUUUAAACAAUGAUUACUGUAUCUAUUUUUUUUGGUUUUAUUAUUUUGGUGAUGUUAUUCUAACAUUUCAUUGUAAAUAUAAGAAUACAUUGGUUUACAACUUGACAUAAUACCCACACAGUAAUACAUAUAAAAGCUGUAUUAACCGUUUCAUAUUUAAGACUUGCAAUUUUGCAAUGCAAAUUAGUUGAUUAUUAUUUUUUUGUAUAAAUUAACCC